CAAGGAGCUCCUCAGCCCGCCUGCAGUCGCUGCGGAGCCCGGCAGAGUGACAGCAACCUCCCACCCCUCUGCAGAGGAACUGUUUGAGUUCAGGAGCCAUGGAAGACGAAGGGUCCCACGCAGAGCCCGGCAGCGUGUCGGUCAGUGUAUCUGGCAGCACCCACACCCUCCCACAGCUGCAGCCCAACAACACGGAGCUGCAGAUCAGCCCGUCCUCCGCCCCCUGCUCCCCGACCCCCACCGGGACCCUGAAUCGGCUCAGCCUGCGGGGGUCCCUGAGCCCCUCCGCGCCCUCCCCGCCCUCCCCGCCCGGCCAGGUGAGCGCCAUCACGGUGGUGGCGCUGCUGCAGAAGCUGAUGAACAUGACGGAGACGGUGCAGGAGAACCAGCAGAGGAUGGAGCAGCGGCAGUCCGACUUGGAGGGCGCCGUGCGGGUGGUGCAGAGCGACGUGGUGCGCCUCUCCAAGACCCACCUGUCCACCGCAAACAGCGUCAACAAGCUGCUGGAGCGCUCCCGCAAAGUCAACGGCAACGUGAAGGAGGUGAAGGAGCGUCUGGACAGGCAGGCGGUGCAGGUGAGGAAGCUGGAGGCCAACCACAACCACCUGCUGAAGAGGAACAACUUCAAAGUGCUCAUCUUCCAGGAAGACAAUGAGAUCCCUGCCAACUUGGUGGUCUCCCCCAAAACUCCCGUACCAAGCCAGUAUGACGCAGAGUCCACCAUCCAGCCGGCUCCGUCUAUCACAGGAUCUAUUGAAGGCAGCCACACUCAGGAAGAGAUGCUCCAGAAGAUCAGUCUGUCCUCAGACGACGACCCCGACCUGGCGUGCGCUGCGUCCCAACGAGACGAGGGCGACUCCCUGGAGUACGAUGUCUCCCCCAUCAAAUUCGAAAGAAGGUCUGACCGGUUCAAACGCUCCAGUCUGAAGAAGGUCGACAGCAUAAAGAAGGUCUUCACACAAGCCAAGAUCGGCGAGAAGGUAAACCAGAUCACCUCCAAGAUUGUUCCUCCAGAGAAGCGCGAGAAGAUCAAGAAGAGCUUCACCCCGAGCCACUCCAAGUCUCCAACUGCCAGGGCCUCCUCCUUCAAGAUUUCCCCAAUGACCUUCAACGUAAAGAAGGUCAGAGAUGGGGAUACGCCCGCUCAAGAAAUAAAUUCCCCUGUUGAAAAAACCCAUGUGGAAAUCCCUGCGCUGACCGGUCUGGGUGGUAAGAUUCCCUCAGGUGAGGUUCACAUCCAGGAAGGGGUGAUGAAGGAGGUGGUGGAGACCCUGAGUCCGACCACGACGGAAACCAUCCAGGCAGAGGUGUCCGUCAACGGGAAGUCCUCCAGCGUUGAGGCGGAGAUCAACGGCGAGGGUCUGGCUGGCCUGGCGGUUCCGGAGCAUGACGAAGAUGUUGGUGAGGAUGAGGAGGAGGAAGAGGAGGAUCAAGAGAAGCAGAAAAGCCCCGUUGAGGUGGCGGCUGAAGUCCAGAUUACAGAAACGAUCGCCGUGGAGCAAGUGUCUUAAUGCCAAUCGGCUGAAAGCAUCAAGUCCGAUUCCUCUUCUAUUCGUCUUUGAGUUCCUAGGAUUACAGAAGAUCCAAACGUCGCUCCUGGCUGUCGGGUCGGGAUCCACCGUUAUUUUGUUGGCCACAUCACCAACAUCUCCAGGGCGCUGGAGCAACCGUCUUCCUCCUGCAGGAGGUUCCUCGCUGAAAAACGGCCUCUUUUGUUCCCUGGAAAGUGAAAAAGAAAAACAGAACCUGCUGAGGCAGCGCGUUGCCAGGUUGUGCCGGAGCUGCAAUGAGACGGGUUGUUUUUUUUCCUUUUCUUCCUCUUUGUAGGCUUGUUGAGGUUGUUUACUGGAUUUCCAGAUCCUACCCAACCGGUGAAUCUGGUCGUCCACCGUCUUCUGUUGCAACCCAGCAAUUGUAAAUCUGUUUUCCUCUUAUUUUCUGAUCUUAUAACUGAUUUAGAACACCAUGUUGUAGUAAUAGUAUAUUAUACUAUCAAAACAAGAACAACUGUAAAUUAUUCCUAUAUGAUGGGUGUGGGAAAUACCUAAAAACUAUUAAAAACAUUAAAAAUGUAUAUAAAGGGAGAGAAUUGCUAAAGUUUGGUGGCAGUAACCUGGGAUUUAAUUUGACUAAAGUCACAGUUCUAUUUGUUUUAGGAUUUUAGGGUCAGAAAGUUAUGGAAAAUGUUUCUUUAAACAGAAAAUAACUUCCUUUCACAAAAUUAUAGAAGGGUUUUGAUUAAAUACCUUUCUAUAGUAACAUAUUACUGAUGGUAAUAUGUCCAUCAAAAUAGAUACAUUUAACAUUUCUUUAUAUAAAAACUGUAAAAACCCAGCAAAACUUCAGACUUAAUGUAAUGCAAAUUAAAACAACACUCGGAGAACUAACAUUACACAAAAGCUUGGUGGCUUAAUUAAAGGAGAACUAUUUUUGAAAAAUCCAAAUUUUGCAUGUUUUUAUUCUUCCGUUUGGGUUUCUACUGAUUCUAAAACAAUCCAACCCAGAGAACGCCGAGAGAAAAACCAGAAAACACCGAGAGAAACCAGAAAAAAACAGAAAACGCCCAGAGAAAAACUUACUGUCAGCUGUUUUCUGGCAGUAAGUUAAGAUUUUUUGGUGCCUGGAAAAAGAGACGCUUCACAAACCUCCCGAUUUUUAAGCCACAUUCCACGGGCAUUCUGUCGUUACCUAGCAACCCCAGUCGAGUUCCGCCCGUUACCUAGCAACCUAAGCUGAGCACCAGCUGGUUUUACCGCUGUAUGGGCUGUACAAUGGCUGCUGGAAGUAACAAGUGGUUGUUAUUGUCUCACCAUACAGAAACCAGUUGCUGCAUUCCUGUUGGUUGUGUGGGAGGCUCCACUUCUGCUUUUCAAAGAUGUAAAAUCCCAUUACCCAAGAAUGAUUUUAAACACAAACAGUAAUUAAUAUGUUUUAUCUCUAUCUUAGCCUGUUCAAGGAAUCAUGAUAAUGUUUGACCCCGUUGUUUUUCCGUAUCUUUGCUACUUGCUGCUGCAGAUCGCCUGGAAUCUGAACUUUUCUUUGCUGACUGUCAUCAUUACCACCUCGGCUUUGCAUUGCUUUGGUGUGGAUUCAUUUUAAUACAGAUUUACAUCUAAAACAGGAUGAUUAUUGCUUCUGCUUAUUAAAUUUUCCACGCCUCAUGCAUCCUGCUGCGCUGCCUUCGACUUGCACAAGCUGGUCUGAGUAAUUGCUCACCUGUAUGGACGGAUUCCAGUGGGUUUGCUGAGUAAAAACACACCCGGAAUGUGUCUCCUGUUUAACUCUAAUCGAUUGCAUCUUGUAGAUCAAAGAUUUCCAAAUGCAUAAAAACAAAAGUUUACAUUGGAAUCAUCUAAGUUUCUAACGGUAACUUACAGAGUUUGAGCGGCUGCCGGACGGUAGACAGAGCAGAUAAAAGCGGAGGAAAGCAUUCCCAGGUUUGACAGACGGUUUCUGCUUGGCGCACAUUUCAUCCUCCUGGCCUCCCAGUCUGAAACUGGUGGAGGUUCAGGGAGAACCACAGGUGUGCUGGAAACUGUGGGAAAGUUCUCCAGGUGCUGGAAGGGACCGUGAAGUCGCCCUGGGUGAUUUCAGGCAGGAUUUUUAAAAUGUUUUUCUGCAUUGAGGCUUGCAUUGAACCAUGGGAAUAGACAUGUUUUUAUGGGAUCAACAAUCUGUUGCAGCUUGUCUUAUAGGCACAUAAACUGCUGAUCCUGGAUGGAAUAAAUCCCCUAAAAAACAAUAAAUAAAUAAAAAUCUAAAUGUAUCAUCUCCAUAUUAACUAUGCAAAACAUGCAUUUACUAAUCUGUUAUCCCUGAGGUCUUUAUGGAAGAUUAA